AGCCGCGGGGACUCGGGCACAUGCCGUUCUCCAGCGGCACCCUCGAGCAGCACCCGCGCAGGCUGGUUAUGAAGGAAGAAUGGAGUUCCCAGACCAUAGCCGGCAGUUGCUGCAGUGUCUGAGUCAGCAGCGUCACCAGGGUUUCCUGUGUGACUGCACUGUUUUAGUUGGAGACGCUCAGUUCCAAGCCCACAGAGCUGUUCUCGCCUCUUGUAGCAUGUACUUCCAUCUUUUCUACAGAGACCAGCUAGACAAAAGGGACAUUGUGCAUUUGAACAGUGACAUCGUCACAGCCCCAGCCUUCGGCUUGCUGCUCGAAUUCAUGUACGAAGGCAAGCUGGAGUUCAAGAGCCUUCCGGUUGAGGAUGUGCUGGCUGCGGCCAGCUACCUUCACAUGUACGACAUUGUGAAAGUCUGCAAGGGCAAGCUGAAAGAUAAGGAGUCUUCUGUGGACGAGAGGAUGAACGGCGGCAGGGCCCUUGUGGAGAAGGAUGGGGCAGUGCUGGAGAACGGAGCACCCCUGGGACAGCAGCUCAGCCCGGAGAACAGGCAGAAAUCAGUUGCCACGGAAUAUGACAGAGCAGCCGGGAAAGAGAAAGGCAGCAGUGGUUACCCAGGCUGGUCCUCUGAUCUUACAAGUGUCGACUCGGUGUUGGCUGGGGCAGAAUCAGACACCAUGGCAGCUGAGAAAACAAGAGCGAAUGUCAGUAGUUCGGUGGGACCUUUGUCCCGAAGGUCUCUUAAACGCCCCUUGGCUCCGAGUGAUAUAGAGUGUGCUUUAGAUCUGUCUUUCAAGCCUGUGACUGGGAAGGAAUCCUUACACCCCUCCUACAUCUUUGGACAGCUGGCUUCUGACAGCCCGGAGCAGGGAUGUAAACCCCUUGUCAAAGAGGAACCGGAGUCCCUGUCGGAUGGGGAGGACCCAGAGGUCAGGAGCCCAGAAAGCCAGCAUUUUGGGAGUUCUGCCAAGAGCCUCAUGGCAGGGCUAGGAAAUGUGUUUGCAGCAAAUGGCGAUGCUCGGAUGCCCGACGAAGACCUUGAUCCAGAGAGGGAGGCGAGCGAAGACGACCUGGAUUCUUCCGACAUCUCCUCCUCGGGCCUCUUGGCGCCCCCUGGGCACAUCUGCAUCUGCCCUCUCUGCAGCAAGGUCUUCCCCAGCCCACAUGUGUUGCAGCUGCAUCUCAGCUCGCACUUCCGUGAUAAGGACAGCUCGAGGACCAGGCUCUCCCCGGACGGCUCGGUGCCCACAUGCACGCUGUGCGGGAAAACUUUCUCUUGCAUGUACACCUUGAAAAGGCACGAGAGGACUCACUCGGGGGAGAAGCCCUACACCUGCAGCCAGUGCGGCAAGAGCUUCCAGUAUUCCCACAACCUCAGCCGCCAUGCGGUGGUGCAUACGAGGGAGAAGCCACACGGGUGCAAGUGGUGUGAGAGGCGGUUCACGCAAUCUGGCGACCUGUACAGACACAUCCGCAAGUUUCAUUGUGGCCUUGUGAAGUCGAUGGUGGUUUGAAGGGGGUCGUUUUGAAGAAGGCAGGCCGUCGGCAUCGGACUUUCCGCUGAUGAACGUUGGGCGAAUGCUGGCGUGAAAGGGGGAGGGGGAGAAAGUGGGUGUGUCUACAUUUCAGGGGGCAAGUAUCCUUGGCCCACACUCGUCUCCCGUCCCCCGACUCACUGUAGCACCCCCGACUCACUCCAGCAGCUUAUCCUUAGCAGUGUGCUUGUGUUUCUGUGUGACAGGCUCGGAGCAGGAGGUGUGCAAGCCAGACCCUUUCGAAACAAAAGCAAAAGGAGCUGACACAGAUUCCAGGCUUACUUUCCCGAAGCCAGUUGGUUC